AUGAGCCAUGUCAUGAAAAUCAUUUCCCUGCUGCAGAUCGCUGAACAGGAUCGACUGGAUGCACCUGACGAACAGCGCACAGAUAAGGAUAUAAAGUGUGUGGUGGUGGGUGACGGUGCAGUGGGAAAGACCUGCAUGCUCAUCACAUACGUAACCAAUGCGUAUCCCUCUGAGUACAUCCCCACAGUGUUUGAUAACUACUCUGCUACAGUGACGAAUGGUGAGGAGUACAAUCUGGGACUCUGGGACACUUCAGGUCAGGAGGACUAUGACCGAUUGCGACCCCAAAGCUACCCAGCGACCGACGUUUUCCUCGUCUGUUUCUCCGUCGUUUUACCCAGAUCUUUUCAAAUGGUCACAGAAAAGUGGUUGCCAGAGAUUGCACACUUCUGUCCGGGGACACCCUUCCUGCUGGUCGGGACUAUGGUGGAUCUGAGAGAUGACAGAUACACCCUGGAGAAGCUGGGCGAGAAAAAGGAGCAAGCUGUGACCUUCAAGGACGGAGAGGAACUGGCUCGUAGGCUGAAAGCUGUCAAAUACAUGGAGUGCUCAGCUCUUACACAGAAAGGAGUGCAGGAUGUGUUUAAAGAGGCCAUCCUCGCUGCUCUGGGAAAGUCGAGUUCCAAACCCAAGAACCGAGUCUGCAGGGUGCCCUGGAAGAGCAGAGUUAAUGUUCGACGCCUCCUGAUCAGGCUCUCCAGCUGGAUGAGUCGAGGUCCCGCCUCUCGCCGCUACCUCUGA